GUCACACUAAUCGUAGCGAGUUUCAGUAAAUAAACAUAUGAAAUGUGAGAAACUACUACAAAACAGGAAAUGGAGGAAGUAUGCCGAGCUUGCCUGAAAAGGAAUGGACAAAUGUUGAAUAUAUUCGAUGGUUCCGAGACAUCAGGAAUUUCUAUUGCGGAUAUGAUAUCUGAAUGUACUGGGUUUCCAGUUCAGAGAGGGGAUUUACUUCCCGAAGUGAUUUGCCCUCCUUGCCUUCAGGAUGCCCAGAAUUCCUUUGAUAUUAAACAAACGUAUGAAAGGAGCUACCAGCUCUUCUGCAAAAUGAAGAAGGCGUCUACCACAGAACAAAUUUUGGAAGAAGAACAUACCAUAGACCGCGGCGACCAAGUGAAACAGGAAGACAUUGAGGAGGAGUUUUUGGACGAAGACAAUGGGUUGCCCAGAAUUUCAAACUCUAAGGAAUUGAAUUUCUGGGAAAAACCUGAUAAUUACCAUGCACUAUUGAGGAGUGAGGACUUUCAGAAUCUCCAGAAGAAAGACUUAGUCGAAACUUCCCAUUGUAAGAGGCAGAAGUCGAAUAUUGUAGAGGAACACAACCACUUCGAUGACCAAGUGCGGAAGCAAGCAAUUGAGAAGGAGUUUGUGAACAAAAUAUUGUGUCAAGUGAAGAGAGAAACCAAUGAGGAGGAGUUUCUGGAAAUAGACGAAGGAUUGAGCCAAAGUUCUGAUUCUGAAAACCAGCGAUUGACUGGCUAUGAUAACCAAGACCUCGAGAAACCACAUUUGAGUAGGGGGAAAGCUGAACAACAUUUAGAAAGAAUUAAGGAAUCCAUUAGCGACAAUGUUCAUGUAAGGACCGAUCCCAUUUAUAAUGGUUACUCGGAAGAAGAUAUUACAGAUGAUCGAUUCACUUAUCAAGCCAAUACUGAAAAGUCUAAAAUUUCCAGAAGACGAGCCCCCUCUAGCCCCUUCAAAUGUUCGUACUGCCCGAAGACCUGUACCUACCUAUCAAAAUUUAGGAUACACCUUCAAACUCAUACAAAGGAACGGCCGAACCAUUGUCCAUAUUGUCCAAAAACAUUUGCUUCUCUAUAUAAUCUUAACCAACACCUAAGAACUCAUAAUGGCGGUCUUUUCGAGUGCCCGCAUUGUUUUAAGCGAUAUCCCCAUAAGUCUACUCUGAAGAUCCACAUCCAAACUCACAACAAGGGAACACGAAAAUACAAGUGCUUGUAUUGCUCAAAAAGUUUCUCAAUUUUAGAAAAUUUAGAAUUGCACAAUUUAAUGCAUACUGGCGAGCAACCGAAAAAGUGUCCCCAUUGCCCAAAGGCUUUUAGUCGAAAUUCUGUUCUUACAAAACAUUUCCUUACUCACAGGCAAGAAAGCCCACACCAAUGUUCCUUUUGCCAGUUGUAUUUCGAAAAUGGGAAAUACCUUAGCAAUCAUAUAAGAACCCAUACCGGUAAACGGCCUUUUCAACUGGUUCUGUCUAAAGAUCGUCAAAGUUAACCCAAAUUAUUAACGGCAAGCACGAGUGGCCAAUUGCUAUCGAUAUUUAAAAACAAGCUUAAACUUAAAUGUAAAAUAUAUAUUCAAUAAUUCAAAAGUAUAAAUUACAACUUACCAGUGUAAAAAACGAAUACAAUAUUUUAUUAAAUAAAUAUAA